CAUAUUUCCUCUCUGAGACUUCAAAUCCCCAUUAGUUUACUUACUAAAGACUCUUCUCAGUUCUCACUGUUAACACACUACUAUCGUAAUCACCAUCUUGAUUCCCAAAUUUAGGGUUCGUCAUCUUCUUCGUCGUCUUCUUCCGUUUUAGUCUCUUGCAGUAGUCAAAAUUGAGUAUGUUUAAAUCUAAACUCAUGGCUAUUUUCUAGGGUUCAUUUUUGAAGAAAAUAAAACCCCUAAAAAAUGGUAUUCAAGAAUAGAUUCUUCUCAUCGAAGAAAUCAGCAUCAGAUUCAGCUAAAUCAGAUGGAUCAAACAGUCCAAGAACAAGUGGUUCGGAUUCACCAGUCAGAUCGGAUAAGAAGAAAGUGAAAUCUACUAAAGACGAGGCUCAGAUCGGUGGUGGAGUUAGUAAUUUUGGUUGUAAACAAGCUUCAUCAAUCAAAGAUGGGAUUCAACAAUUACAUCAGCAAGUACAGAAUCAAGAGAAGAAGAAAGAAGUGAAAGGUAAAGAAGUUCCAAUUUCACCAAUACCACCUAAAUUGCGUACUAGUAAUAGUAGUAAAGGGCAAGAUACUUCAACUGGAGUGUCACCAAUACUUGCAUCUUCACUGGGAUUAAAUCGGAUUAAAACAAGAUCAGGACCAUUAUUACAAGAGAAUUUCUUUGGUUUUCGUGGUGAUAAGCCUAGUAAUCUAUCCAGACUUGCUGUUGAUGGAUGUUCUUCUUCGUCGGGGAAAAUUAAUGGGAAGAAAAAGGAAUUGAAUAGUUUGGGUAAAAUGGGGGAAAAUGCUACUCCUGCUGCUGCUUCUGGAGGAAGUUGGGUGGAUAAUGGGAGUAAUUGUGAUAGUAUGUCUACUGGGAGCGCACAGUCUAGAGAUCAAAGUCCUAAUGUUCAGGUCCGGACUCGUUUAAACAAUGCAGAAUCUUCAGCUGAAACCGGAAAAUUUAAUUCUUCAUGGGGCCAUUCUGGAUGCUUAAGAUCAGAUGUUUGUACUCCAGAGCCUAUUUUUGAUUGUGAUACUCCAAAGGAGUCGGAAUCUCCUCGUUUUCAAGCUCUUCUUCGAGUCACAAGUGCUCCUAGGAGGAGGGCCCCUUCCGAUAUUAAAAGUUUUUCCCAUGAGUUGAACUCAAAAGGUGUACGACCAUUUCCGUUGUGGAAGCCUAGAGGUUUGAAUAACUUGGAGGAGGUUUUGGUUGUCAUUCGAGCAAAGUUUGACAAGGCAAAGGAGGAAGUUGACUCAGAUCUGGCAGUUCUUGCGGGAGAUUUGGUUGGGAAUUUGGAAAAGAACUCAGAUAAUUAUCCUGACUGGCAAGAAACAAUUGAAGAUUUAUUGGUUUUGGCAAGGCGCUGUGCUAUGAUGUCACCUGGGGAGUUUUGGCUUCAGUGUGAAGGCAUAGUUCAAGAUUUGGAUGAUCGGCGUCAAGAGCUUCCUAUGGGUACACUAAAGAAGCUUCAUACCCGGAUGCUUUUCAUUCUCACAAGAUGCACUCGUUUGUUGCAGUUCCACAAGGAAAGUGGUCUGGCUGAGGAUGCUCAUGGUUUUGGUCUCCGGCAGUCCAGGGUAAUGCAUUCGGCUGAUAAACGAGUUGCAUCAGGUCCAUUAAGAGACGAGAAAACUGUUGCUGCUCCAAAGGGACCCAAGGCAACCUCCCAGAGGAAGUUUUUUAGUCAGGAGCAGCGUGGAUUUGGUUGGAAAAAUCCUGUACAGCCUGCAGAUAUACUUCCACCUACUACUGUUGUAGAAUCUACAAAAGAUCUCGAUUCACCUGUUGAUGGCAGGAACAGAAUGGCUUCUUGGAAGAAACUCCCCUCUCCUGUUGUAAAAGGCCCGAAAGAAGCUUUACCAGUGCAUGAACAGUACGAUAGUAAUGUGGAUUCCCCAGAGACGCUGAGCAGGACAGGAAGUUUAGAUGCAGAUUUGGUUUCUGUCAAGCCUCUUCCUGAGCUUCCUCCUGCCAAAGAAGUAGUGCAUACUUCAGUGGCAUCGAAGCAUCAACACAAGGUUUCUUGGGGUUACCCAGGAAGUCAACCAAGUCUCUAUGAUGAAAAUACGAUAAUAUGUCGCAUUUGUGAAGAGGAUGUACCAACAUCUCACGUGGAAGAACAUUCAAGAAUCUGUACAAUUGCUGAUAGAUGCGAUCAGAAAGGGCUAAGUGUUAAUGAGCGUCUUAUCAGGAUUGCUGACACUCUUGAUAAAAUGAUAGAGUCCUUCUCAUCACAGAAGGAUCUACAGAAUACAGUAGAAAGUCCUGAUGUUGCAAAGAACUCAAGCGUUACUGAAGAGUCGGACAUUCUAUCUCCAAAACUAAGUGACUGGUCUAGGAGGGGCUCAGAAGACAUGCUUGAUUGUCUUCCUGAGACUGAUAAUUCAGUUUUAAUGGAUGACCUAAAGGGUCUGCCAUCCAUGUCAUGUAAAACUCGUUUUGGCUUGAAGUCCGACCAAGGAAUGACAACAUCAUCAGCUGGAAGUAUGACACCUCGAUCACCACUAUUAACACCACGAACUAGUCCGAUAGACUUGUUUUUGACAGGAAAGGGUACAUAUCCUGAACAUGAAGACAUUCCGCAGAUGAAUGAACUUGCCGACAUUGCCCGAUGUGUAGCAAAUACAUCUAUGCAUGAUGACCGGUCAGUUUCGUAUUUGGUUACCUGUCUUGAAGACUUGCGGGUAGUCGUAGACCGUAGGAAGCUAGAUGCUUACACGGUGGAGACAUUUGGUACACGCAUAGAAAAAUUGAUCAGGGAGAAAUACUUGCAACUUUGUGAGCUUGUUGAUGAUGAAAAAGUUGAUUUUUCAAGUACCACAAUUGAUGAAGAUGGCCCAAUGGAAGAUGAUGUUGUUCGCAGCUUGAGAACAAGUCCUGUUCACUCUUCUAAGGAUCGUACCUCUAUUGAUGACUUUGAGAUCAUAAAACCAAUAAGCCGUGGGGCAUUUGGUCGAGUUUUCCUGGCAAAGAAAAGAACCACUGGUGAUCUAUUUGCUAUUAAGGUUCUUAAAAAAGCUGACAUGAUUCGCAAGAAUGCAGUUGAGAGCAUUUUGGCUGAGCGUGAUAUUUUGAUUUCAGUCCGGAAUCCAUUUGUGGUGCGGUUCUUCUAUUCCUUUACAUGUCGGGAAAACCUGUAUCUUGUGAUGGAAUACUUGAAUGGAGGGGAUUUGUACUCGUUGCUUAGAAAUUUAGGCUGCUUGGAUGAAGAUGUUGCUCGCGUGUACAUUGCAGAAGUUGUGCUUGCAUUGGAAUAUUUGCACUCCCUGCGUGUGGUUCACCGUGAUUUGAAGCCUGAUAAUUUAUUAAUUGCACACGAUGGUCAUAUCAAGCUGACCGACUUCGGGCUCUCAAAGGUUGGUCUUAUCAACAGCACUGAUGACUUGUCUGGUCCAGUUGUUAGUGGAACAUCAAUACUUGAAGAAGAUGAUCCUCAGCACUCUGGUUCUGACCCAUCUGAGCCCAUGCACCAUCAACAAAGAAGGGAGAAGCGCUCUGCUGUUGGUACACCUGAUUAUUUGGCUCCCGAGAUUUUGUUAGGAACAGGACAUGGCACAACUGCUGAUUGGUGGUCUGUCGGAGUCAUUCUUUUUGAGCUAAUAAUUGGGAUUCCUCCCUUCAACGCAGAGCAUCCUCAGAUAAUUUUUGACAAUAUUCUUAACCGUAAUAUACCUUGGCCGGGGGUACCUGAAGAGAUGAGCUUUGAAGCACAGGACUUGAUUGAUCGAUUAUUGACAGAGGAUCCUAAUCAGAGAUUAGGUGCCAAUGGAGCGUCAGAGGUGAAGCAACAUGUUUUCUUCAAGGAUAUCAACUGGGACACACUUGCCAGGCAGAAGGCAGCGUUUGUUCCUGCCUCUGACAGUGCUCUUGACACAAGCUACUUCACUAGCAGAUUCUCUUGGAAUACAUCUGAUGAACGUGUUUACGCACCUAGUGAAUUUGAGUAUUCGAGUGACAGUGGUAGCACAAGUGGAAGCAGCACUUGUAGCAAUCGUCAAGAUGAGCUGGGUGAUGAAUGUGGAGGUCUCGCCGAGUUUGAUUCCGGCCAAUCUUUCAAAUACUCAUUUAGUAAUUUUUCGUUCAAGAAUCUGUCUCAACUGGCUUCAAUCAACUAUGAUCUAACUAAGGGGUUUAAAGAUGAAACGCCGGGGAACCCAGAUGCGCGAUACUAGAAGUUCUGUUUGUGUACAGCUUGUAAAUGUAAGAUAUUAAUCUCAGUUUACAAUUAUAAUUAGGGAAUUUUGAAUCUGGGUCCAUAUGUUAGUGUUUAGGUCCUAACUUUGUCCAGCUUUGAGUUCGGGUCCUGGUCAACGAAUUUGACCUGAUUUGACUGUCUUGACCAUCCAAUAGGGAGUUAAAUCAUUGAAUUGGCUCAAAUAACCCUAUUUAAAAUAUUUAUUUACUCACAAAGUUACGGUAUAAGAUUCCCAAUUGUUUUCA